CUUAUUUUCAAGCGAUUGAAGAAGGGUUUUGGAGCGGUUGCAUUGCGGCUCCCGCUCCGGUGAGGUGAGAUGGAGAGGGCGAUGGGGAGGCCGAUGAAGUACGUGGUCGUCACUGGCGGAGUUGUGAGCGGGCUUGGAAAGGGAGUCACGGCGAGCAGCAUCGGCGUCGUUCUCAAGGCCUGUGGCCUUCGUGUCACCUCCAUCAAAAUAGACCCAUACUUGAACACAGAUGCAGGGACCAUGUCACCUUUUGAACAUGGGGAGGUUUUUGUUCUUGAUGAUGGUGGCGAGGUAGACUUGGAUCUGGGAAACUAUGAGCGAUUUUUGGAUGUCACACUAACUAGAGAUAACAAUAUCACAACAGGAAAGAUUUAUCAGUCCGUCAUUGACAAAGAAAGGAGGGGUGAUUAUCUUGGAAAAACUGUUCAGGUUGUUCCACACAUUACAGAUGCCAUUAAGGACUGGAUUGGCUCAGUAUCUUCUAUUCCUGUAGAUGGAAAUGAUGGCCCAGCUGAUGUUUGUGUGAUAGAGUUGGGUGGUACUGUAGGUGACAUUGAGUCUAUGCCAUUUAUUGAAGCUUUGCGCCAGUUGUCAUUUUCUGUUGGUAAAGACAAUUUUUGCCUGAUUCAUGUGAGCCUUGUACCAGUGCUUGGGGUUGUUGGAGAGCAAAAAACAAAGCCCACACAACAUAGUGUUCGAGAGUUACGGGCUCUUGGUUUGACUCCUAAUCUGUUGACGUGCCGAUCUGCACAGCCACUAGGAACAAGCACGAAGGAGAAGCUUUCACAAUUUUGCCAUGUACCAGUUGAAAAUAUUCUUAAUAUCCAUGAUGUUCCUAACCUUUGGCAUAUUCCACUACUGCUCCGUAAUCAAAAUGCUCAUGAGGCUAUAUUGAAACAACUAAAUUGUGCCAGCAUUGCUACUCCACCAGAUUUAGUUGGCUGGACAAAGAUGGCAGAGUUAUAUGAUAACUUAAUGGGAACUGUUAAAAUUGCAAUGGUUGGAAAGUACACAGGCCUUACAGAUUCUUAUUUAUCAGUGGUGAAGGCCCUUCUGCAUGCUUGUGUUGCUUGUUCUUUGAAGCCAUCAAUUGAAUGGAUUGCGGCUUCUGAUCUUGAGGAUGAAAGUGCAAGAACAACUCCAGAAGUGCAUAAUGCAGCAUGGGAAAGUCUGAAAAGUUGUUCAUGCAUUUUGGUUCCUGGAGGGUUUGGUGAUCGUGGAGUGCCUGGGAUGAUAUUGGCUGCAAAGUAUGCUCGAGAAAAUAAAAUCCCAUAUCUUGGAAUUUGUUUGGGGAUGCAAAUUUCUGUGAUUGAGUUUUCUAGAUUUGUUUUGGAUCUGGAAAGAGCAAACAGUGAUGAGUUUGAUAGCUCAACACCCUAUCCAGUUGUUAUAUUUAUGCCUGAGGGCUCAAAGACACAUAUGGGAAGUACAAUGAGAUUGGGAUCUCGGAGAACUUUCUUUAAAGAUGCUGAUUGUCUUGCUUCCAAGCUAUACCAAAACCCUAGUUUUGUUGAUGAGCGACAUCGUCACAGAUAUGAGGUAAAUCCUGAUUUUGUCAACAGACUGGAAGCUGCUGGCCUUAAGUUUGUUGGAAGCGAUGAGAGUGGGAAAAGGAUGGAGAUUCUUGAGUUAAAAGAUCAUCCCUACUAUGUAGGCGUGCAGUUUCAUCCAGAAUUUAAAUCAAGGCCUGGAAAGCCAUCUGCUUUAUUUUUAGGUCUUAUAUUGGCAGCUACAGGAAAACUGCAGGCAUAUUUGGGCAGGCUCCCAGAUGACAUUGCCAAUUUUAGAGUUGCUGAAGAUCGAAGCAUAGAAAACUGCAUUGAAUUAAGAAAUGUAGCGCGAGUUUUGACAUCAACUGCUUUGGAUUCGUCUCAUUGGUUACGCUUAUACUUAGCUUUGAAAAAGAAAAAUAAUUGUGGUGGAGGAUUACAAUUUUGUCUGCAUUCAAAUCCUUAGCAUGAUAAAUUUUGGGUGGAUCAUGUAGUUUAUACAUGAUUACUGACUAAUUUCAUUUGAGUUUUAAUACA